CAAAGUCUGCUCUGUUUUAAGAAGAGCAGAAUCGCUGGCUUUCCCUGAAACAGAGCUGAGCCGAGCUGCUUCUGAUCGAUCGGCCAUGGCGGAAGGACUGAUCCCUUUCAUCUACAGAGCGAUCAAGAGUAGGAGGCGGAGGGACCAGACGUUCAGCCGCUCCCUCUCCACCGGGUCCGAGCGGUGGUUCGGUCUCCCCAGCCACCGCCACCACAAGCUCCUCCAACCGCCGGCGAUCAAGCUCGGGAGCUUCUCCGAAGGUGCAGCCGGGCAGGGCGCCGGCGUCCACCACCGGAGGCACCGCUCCAUGGAGGGCUUCUCCGCCGCGGAAGAGAUCUCCACGCCGGAGGGCGGCGGCAGCCGCCAGGCGAAGGAGAUGGUGAGGUUUGGAAGCGGCCGCCGAGUCUUCUCCUGCAUCACCGGCGCCAAUUGAGCCGAUAAGUAGAUUAAUUAAUUAAUUAAUUAUUAAUAAUCAUGCAAUUAACCGUGAUUUUAAAAUAAUUAAGCACCUCCUCUUUAAUUUCUAUUUUUUAUUUUUAUUGAAAAAUGUAGAAAAAUACAAGUUGUGUUUGAAUGGCUGGUGAAGUAUAAUAAUCUCCUUUUUCUAAAAUAAAUUAUUUGAAUUUUUAAAUUGACUAUCUACCAAACUCUCAUUUAAAAUAUCAAAUAAAUUUAUAUUUUAUUUUCUAAAAUAAAUUGUUUUAUAUUUUAUACGAGUGGGGCAUUAAAGUGACUAUCUAUCUACUACCAACAAGAAAUCUAAUGAACAUGAUGGGUGCAUUUAUUGAUGCCAUUAUGAAAGUGCUUAUCUAAUUUUAUAAUUUUAUUUAUAGAAAAUAGAUCUAAGAUAGUUUGGUAUGUAGGUUGAUCUCGAUUGUGAUGCUUGAUUUGAUCUAUAUAAUUUAUUUAUUAGUUCGAUUUGAUCAAUUAUUUCUCAUCUAUUUUAAGUGUUUCACUCUCAAUUUAUUAUUUCAUCUCGAGCAAAGUCAUGGCAAAAAAUAAAUAUCGAUGAACUAGAUAAUAGUGUCUUGUUUCAGUCCCAUAAAAUUUUUUUAUUAAGAUAAAUUAAAAAAUAUUUUUAGCAUAUAAUUAGAAGUUCAACAUCCUAUAAAAUUUUUUUAUUAGGAUAAAUUAAAAAAAUACUUUUGGCAUAUAAUUAGAAGUUCAGCAUCUCAUAGUUAUAUAUUUCACUUAGAUAAAAAGUUAACUAGAGGAUGAUAAAUUUACUAUAAUGGAUAAAGAUCAAUUCUUAUUGAGCACAUGUUUUCGGAGAAAAAACUCUUCUCACCCCUAGUCAUUUGAUGGUUGACUAUAAAUUGAUCUCAUAAUUUAUCUCCUUUGACAUAACCUGAGGACUUUUUGUUAUAAUACAAUAUGAAUAUUUCAUAUCUUAUCAAUAUUAUAUUAUAACAACAUUUCAAUUUUGAUCAACAUUAAUAAUAUCGUAUUGUAAUAAUUACCGUUUAUAAAUUUUUUAAUAUAAAUAUUUCAUCUUUAGUCAACACCAAUUAAUAAUAGUUAUAACAUUUAUGAAUCAUAGCAGUU